AUGGCGGGCUAUCUCGACGAUCAAACACAGCCGCAAAUCAACUUCGAUAUACCUCCUUCACACACCGGACAAGAUUCCACAAGCCAGUACCACUCUCAAGCCGCCGCCCCGGGCCUCAGUAAUGGCGACAGCGGCUACGUCCCGCGCCCCAAGCGCAUUGCGUGCGCUGUCUGUCGGCGGAGGAAGCUUAGAUGCGAUGGGAGAAAGCCGAGCUGCGGGACUUGCUCGCGUCUAGGGCAUGAAUGCACAUACGAUGAGGCGCGGAAGAAGAGCGGUCCAAAGAGGGGAUACGUGAAGCAGUUGGAAGCCCGGUUGGCGCAGGUUGAGACGUUACUCAAAACCCAGGAACCGGGCACUGCCAGCGUAUCACAACCUCAAGAGCAUACAUUCCCUGUAAACCUGCCAAAUGAGCCUUCCGGCGCCUCGAUGCAUGUCAUGGGGAGCAGCAUGAACAACUCAAUAUCCCCGACGGAAGCCCCAGCGGCUAGCGGACCGACCUCAUCAUUCACACCGGAGAGAAUGGAUGCCGCGAAUACAUUUGGAUGGGAUAUGAUUAGUUUGGGUUUGGAGGAGCCUUUUCCGGCUCGGGAGGUCAUCCAUGAGUUGAACCUCAUCUACUUCGACAAGGUGCACCCUUUCUUGCCUAUUAUACACCGUCCUCGGUACAUGGCUGCGAUGGACUUUGCGCCUAGCUCGCGACCGCCAGCAUGCCUACAGUACAUCGUUUGGGCACAUGCAGCAGCCGUCAGUGAAAAGUACUCCAAUCUACAUGCACUCUUCUACCAACGUGCCCGAAAAUACAUCGAGUUGGAUCAAAUGAAGGGUCUCGGAGAGGGUAUCCUCACAUUGACUCACUGUCAAGCAUGGCUUCUCAUUGGCUGCUACGAGUACAAAAUGAUGUUCUUCCCUAGGGCAUGGCUUAGUGCUGGUUCUGCUGCUAGGCUAGCCGUUAUGCUCGGGUUGCAUCGCCUGGAUGGUGAGGGCCUCGAGGUGAAACAGUGCCUACCAAUGCCGAGAGACUGGACGGAGAAAGAGGAACGACGAAGGGUUUUCUGGAUGGCAUUCGCCGUUGACAGAUAUGCAAGCAUCGGGACUGGGUGGCCCACUUGUAUUGACGAGCGGGAUAUCAUGACAAAUCUCCCAGCGACCGAAGAAGCAUUCAUCAACGGCAAAUCAGAGAAAACCGCCCGUCUCAGCGACGUGCUGCAGGGCACCGACCUGGCGGAACUAUCAGCAUUUGGAAGCGUUGCAUUCGUCUCAUGUCUGCUAGGCCGAAACCUGACUCAUCUCCAUCGCCCUGAACCUCAAGACAAUGACAACGAUCUUAAUGGCGUUUUCUGGCAGCGCCAUAGGUCUCAUGACAACAUCUUACUUCAUUUUGCGCUAUCGAUGCCGAGUCAUCUGCGGCUUCCAGCUGGAAUUGCCGAUCCGAAUGUCCUCUUCUGCAAUCUAGCAGUUCACACCUCCACGAUAUGUCUCCACCAGGCGGCUAUCUUCAAAGCUGAGAGAAACAGCAUGCCGAAUCAGAUCAUAUUGGAAAGCAAGCGGAGGUGCAUCGUUGCCGCCGACCAGAUCUCUAGCAUCAUGAAAAUGGUCAGCUCAAUGGAUAUGAGCAAGAUGAACCCCUUUGUAUCAUUUUGUGUGUAUGUUGCAGCUCGCGUCUUUGUACAGUAUCUCAAGUUCCGCCCCGAUGACACGGCCGCCCGUUCUUCGCUGCAAUUCGUCUUUGCUGUCCUUGAUGCUCUGAAGAAUCAAAAUCCUCUUACCGAAUCCUUUCUCGUCCAACUGGAGGUUGAUAUCGAAGGAACGCCGUUCCAAGAUGUCCGACUGCCUUCAGCUAGCCCGUCGACCAGGAAUUUCUUUGCGGAUCAUGCAUAUGGGGAGACCGCUCCAUACUCGCAGGUACGCAAUCGUUCACCUCAGGUGGACAAGCAAGGCAAAUGUACCGUAUGGGAUCCAUCCACCAAUACCAAUAACCCUAACCGAGCCAACCUGCCCGUUUGUCUUCCAAAUCGCCAACGCCAGACCACGCGAGAGCAACCUUCCUCUAUCGGUGCUUCCGCAGUGCCGCCCUUAUCCGUGAUGAAUAACCUGCCGGGCUUCAGUAAAGCCCCAGCAAUACCCACAGCCACCGCCACUACAGGCGGCGUCCUCUUUGACCUCGAAAUCCCCUCCCGCUUCCACGACGUAACGAACUCACACUCCGCCACCGAAAGCUCUGCUUCAUCCACUAUGAACUCCUCAUCCACACCGUCAUUCAUGAGAGGAGACAAACCUUCGUCUCCAAAACAGCCACAAUCCCAGUCCCAGACUUCGACAGGCGCACUGAAUACCCCCGUUCAAGACCAGGCUACAGCAACACGGGGAUUUGACGGCACAAACCUAGACCAGUUUAUUGACUCCUCCAAUCCUAAUAAUAACAACAAUAGUGCGCCUAAUUCGUUGUUCAAUAUGGGCUCCAUGAAUACACCUGGUGGCCCAAACCAACCUCAACAGGGUACCGGCAUGCCAUCUCCCUGGGACUUUCCAAUUAAUGUUAGCGGGGACCCGAAUGAUCCGAAUUCGGUGGCUAUCGAUCUAAUGAACACAGAUAUGGAUGGAUUCAACAGUGCCCAAUGGGCUCAUAUCCUGGGUUCUGGAGGGUGGAAUCCUUGA